AUGGCUGUGGCUACCAAGUUCAGAGAGUAUCUGAGUCCUGGAGGCAGCUCCGAGGGAGAGAGGAAGCUGGUACAGAAGCUUGAUUUCUUCAUCCUAACGUUCUGCUGUCUGAUGUACUUCUUGAAUUAUCUGGAUCGCAGCAACCUCACCAACGCCUAUGUAUCCGGUAUGAAGGAAGAUCUUGAUUUCAAAGGGAACGAACUUACUCAAAUCAACACUGUCUUCACCGUUGGUAAAACGACACGGCUAACGUCUUCAAACGGCUAUGUGAUUGGUCAGGUGCCAUCAAAUUUGGCCCUCUACUAUAUCAAGCCUCGAUAUUUCUUCCCGUCCAUGAUGAUCGUCUGGGGUUGCUUGACGAUGAUUACGGCCGCCACCCACAAUCCUCAAUCUAUCAUGGCCAUCCGCUUCUUUCAAGCCUUAGCAGAAUCGAGCACCUUUGUCGGAACACACUACAUCUUAGGGGCUUGGUACACUGAGCGCGAAUUGGGAAAACGAUCCGGCGUCUUUACUGCUUCAGGCCUUGGAGGCACGCUAUUCGGGGGACUACUGCAGACGAUUAUUCACUCUUCCAUGGACGGCCUACAAGGAUUGGCUGGCUGGAGAUGGCUUUUUAUCGUUGAUGGUCUGAUGUGUGUACCUGUUGCCCUCUAUGGAUUCCUCUUGUUCCCAGACACCCCGCAAACGACCCAAGUACCGUAUCUCUCUGAAGCCGAGCGCGAACUUGCUCGUUCCCGAGUCCCUCGCCAUGUUCAACGCGCACCCUUUAACUGGGCAUUCGUCAAGCGAGUCUUCGGUUCCUGGUACUGGUACGGCUUUGUUAUGUUGUGGAUAAUAGCCGGAGAAACGGAGUCAUUCUCGUCAAACUCUCUCCUUGCUCUGUACAUGAAAGCUCACCCGGGGCGCAAGUACUCGGUGUCUCAGCUCAACAAUUAUCCCACUGGUGUUCCAGCAGUGGGUAUCGUAUCUACCCUCUUCUGGGCUACGCUCACGGACUUCUUGGGUGGUAAGAGGUAUCUUGUCGGUUACUGGAUCGGUAUCACUGGUAUCAUUACGUCCGCUAUGAUACUUGCCCCUUCUGCCACUACAGCAUCCACUUUUGCAGCAUACUAUUGGGCUGGGUCCGUCUAUGCGUGUCAAGCAACGUUUUUUGCCUGGGCGAACGAUGCUCUUCGCUACGAGGAAGACAGCCUUCGUGCCGUUGUCAUAGCUUCCAUGAAUGCGCUUAGUGGCGCUGUGAACGCGUGGUGGUCGAUUGUGUUUUAUUCGGCAAACUUUGCUCCUAAAUUCACUCGAGGAAUGUGGGCAAUGAUUGGUUGUUCAAUAGCCCUAGCCAUCUGGACGGCAGGUGUCUCGUGGAUGUGUGCAAGGACAGAGAAGGACAGAAUUAAUCACGGCGUUGAAACUCACAGUGGUGAUGAAGUAGUCAGUGUGGAUGAAAUGGGCACGCAGAAGGCUUGA